AUGAGCAAGGUGGCAUUUGACACUUCAAUUACUUGGCCAAAGGAUGAUCAAAUAGCUAAGCGCCCCAGCAAAUAUCGAUCUUUGUUAUUCAUUCAGAAUUUGUUUUACAAUGCUGGUAUUGCAACUAGUAUAUGCUAUAUUUUUAUAGCCAUGGUCCUCCAACCUCUGUUGCAAAGACAAACGGCUCAAAGAUCUGAACUGAGCGCCACUUGUUUACUCAAAAUCAGGAAAACGGUAACUUUUUUGGAAUCGAGAAUGUUGAAGAGCUCUGCAAGCGCACAAGGCUACAAUGAAAGGACACAAAUAAAUAGUUCGGCAACAGUUGUCGAUCGUUGUACGCAAACAGAGGAGUGUCAGGAAUACGUAUCAGGAAAUCAGAAGCCCUCUGGUUGGACCAAAAUUAUAGCUCGCUUAAACUAUGCUCGUGAUUUGCUAAAUAUUUCUGCGGAAGACCAGCCGGAGGGCUCUUCUCAAAACAGAUAUCUUCCACUUCGUUUUCAGAUACAGUCCUUCAAUUCAUCUCUUGCAGGAAUUGACGGUCGUGAAAAGGACGACAGUGAAGCCAUGACUAAGGGCAGCAUAAGGGCGAUUCGUGACAUGAAAGGAUGGAUUAUAAAUGGUAGAGCUGUCUGA